AUGCUGUUAUGCAUCCAGGGAGUGGUUUCCCUGGUGAACAGAGUGUGACUCUGAUGGAAGACUUGGACUCAUGGCCUCAGCUUCUCCAUUAACUGUGUGACUGGGGACAUCUCCUGCUUUCUGUUCUUUAUUAUUUUCCCAUCUCUGCUUUUGGAUGACCAUAUCUGCACAGCCGGCUUCAAAGGGACGAGUGAGGAUUAUUGGAAGACAUUUUUGAGUGUCUCAGAAAACUUACGGAAACCCAGAAAUCUUCCACUUCGGUUCCUCCUGCCUUUUUUGGGAGCGGAAAUAGUUGACCCUUAAGGACCCUAUCCUUUCUCACUGCUAUGGACAGUGCUAUCACCCUGUGGCAGUUCCUCCUUCAGCUCCUACAGGAGCCUCAGAACAAGCACAUGAUCAGCUGGACGUCUAAUGAUGGGGAGUUCAAGCUUUUGCAGGCAGAAGAGGUGGCUCGUCUCUGGGGGAUUCGUAAGAACAAGCCUAACAUGAAUUACGACAAACUCAGCCGAGCCCUCCGAUACUAUUAUGUAAAGAAUAUCAUUAAAAAAGUGAAUGGUCAGAAGUUUGUGUACAAGUUUGUCUCUUACCCAGAGAUCUUGAAAAUGGACCCAAUGACGGUGGGCAGGAUUGAGGGGGACGGGGAAGCCGGAGGCUGCGGCGAAGUCACCAGCAGCUGCAGAGAUGCGGAGAGUGGGGGCAGGGAGAGGCCGCCUCAGCCUGGCGCCAGGACCUCCAGCCGCAACGACUACAUCCACUCCGGCUUGUACUCCUCCUUUACCCUCAACUCUUUGAACUCCUCCAACAAGAGGCUUUUCAAACCGAUCAAGCUCGAGAACCCAGCCGAGAAGUUGGCAGAGAAGAAACCUCCUCAGGAGCCAACACCGUCCGUCAUCAAAUUCGUAACAACGCCUUCCAAGAAGCUACCAGUUGAACCCGUGGCCGCCGUCCUGUCGGCCGGCCCAAGCCUUUCUCCAUCCUCAGAAGAAACUCUCCAAGCGUUGGAGACUUUGGCUUCCCCCAAACUGCCUUCCCUGGAAGCCCCGACCUCCGCCUGCAGCGUAACGACCGCGUUUGCCACCCCACCUGGUGCGUCCGCGCCGCCUCCUGUGCAGGAGCCUCCUGGGACGCCUUCGCCGCCGCUGAGCCCUAACCCUGACCUUGACACAGACAUCGACUCGGUGGCUUCUCAGCCCAUGGAACUUCCGGAGAACUUGUCGCUGGAGCCUAAAGACCAGGAUUCAGCUUUGCUGGAAAAGGACAAAACAAGGAAUUCCUCGAGAUCCAAGAAACCCAAAGGGUUAGAGCUGGCACCCAUCCUCGUGAUCACGGGCAGCGACCCGAGCCCGCUGGGAAUAUUGAGCCCAUCUCUCCCCACGGCUUCUCUCACGCCAGCGCUGUUCUCCCAGACGCCCAUCUUACUGACGCCGAGCCCCCUGCUCUCCAGUAUCCACUUCUGGAGCACUCUCAGCCCUGUUGCUCCCCUGAGUCCAGCCAGGCUGCAAGGUGCUAACACACUCUUCCAGUUUCCUUCUGUACUGAACAGUCAUGGACCGUUCACUGUGUCUGGCCUGGAUGGACCUCCCACCCCUGGCCCAUUUUCCCCAGAUCUACAGAAAACAUAACCUAUGCACUUGUGGAAUGAGAGAACCAAGGAGUAAAGAAAGAGAAAGACAUUCGACAUGAUUACAUUUGGAGUGAGCGAUUAAUAGUUCUACAAUGCUGAUAAUAGACUAUUGUGAUUUUUGCCAUUCCCCAUUGAAAUGCCUUUCUAAGAUUCCCUUUGACUAUGACUCAAGUUGGACUGUAUAUAAAAAUGCCUUAAUUGGAGUCCAAACUCCACCUCCCUCCCCCUUGCCCUCUCCCUCCCUAACUCCUCCUCUUCCCUCCCUCCCUCCCUCCCUCCCUCCCUCCCUCCCUCCUUCCCUCCUUCCUUACUUCCUUUCCUCCCUACCUCCCUACCUCCUUCCCUCCCUCCUGAAUAUUUUGAGCUUUGUGUUUAAAGAAAUUUUUGGUGGGGUUUAGCAGUUAGCUAUGCUUUGUAGGAGCAGUUAAGAACAAAGUUAUUCCUUCUGCCUUAUCGGGACCCUUUGGCCAGGAAAACAUUUAUGCUUUGAGUAUAUCAGUUGAAGAAAUGUUAAAUGCAGUUGGCCGUAUCUUUAGGACUAAGUGUGUUCUGUUGAAAAAUUAAAAGUGAGCUAACACCAAGUAAGAUCAGAGCAGUACUGUUGGGGAGAUUCUGUUCUGCUCUGAACUAUAACAUGUGUAAGCAGUCCACGGCAAGGCAUCCUAUUACCUGUAUCGGGGUGGGUCUCUUAGCCGUGUGUGUGAUCUUGUCUGAACCUGUGAACAGCAUGGAGCCUGGUCUGUUUCAGCAUAGGAAGAUUUUUAAACGUGGGGUUUACGACCACGUUUUGCAACAACCGGUGAGAAUAGGGGACCCCAUCGCUAGCACAGAAAUGUCUGCUCGCUGGUGGUAUAAUUACACACCCGUGAUAUGUACAGGAUGGUAAGUGAUGGCUUUUAGGAUGAACCUGGGUUGUGAAAUCUCGAGGCAUCUCUGAGUAAAACAUUCAGUUGAAUAACUUGAAACCACAUGUGGGGCUUUCUUUCCCAGUUAGAAGAUACUUUUUCUUUUCUGUUCACUGCACAUUUUAUCUUUUAAAUUUCAGGUUGUUAGGGGUUGGGAUUGUUUUAAAGAUGUAAUUAGGAAGAUGAAAAGCAAAGCAAAGCCUCCAAAUCUAUAGUGAGGUAAAGAUGUUAUGUCUUUGAAAAAAAGUUUUUUAUUAGAGAGCAGCAGAAUUUGUUUGGAAAUGCUCAUGUACAGGGAUUGGAUUGUUCACAGUAGUAGCGAAAAACGUAGGCCUUCAUCUCUACAUAAACCACAUUUAUAAAAUAUUAUCAUGUGGUACUCAGCCCCAGGUGGAGACAGAUUUGUGGAUAGUCCAAGCUGAAUUGAUAACCAACAUCACAGUGGAAUCUUUGGGAAAACUUGGCUUUUAAAGCCUAGGAUUAGAUUAUAUGCCACGACCAGCACUACAACACUGCCCGUUAGGAACCUCAUCUUUUAACCCUAGAAGGAGUUCUGUAAUGGAGUCCCAAACCAAAUGGAAUGAGGGAGUAAGGUUUUGAGGGCUCCAGAUGACACUGAUAGGAACCAGCAUCUUCCAGAUGUAGAAUAUUCACUUUAAAUAUGUUUCUAUACAGUGUGGAGGAGCUACAGUGUGAGACAUGCAUGUUAGUUAGUAGUCAGGGAGGGACAACAUUCAGGGAGCCGUCUUCACAUCUGUCGUCUUGGGGACCCGUUCACUGGUUCGUCAGUGGCUAUGGGCUGAAAGGUGUGCUCCUGAGGUGCGCGACAGUUCUGGAGGCAAUGUUUGGUAGUGAUGGGGAGCGGACGGUGGACUUCUCUCCCACACGGAGUCGCUUCGUGGGCAUGCUUCUUCGGAAUCAGACCUCAGCAGCACUUUGGGAUAGUUUUAUUAGGUUUAUGAAUAUUUUGUACAUUAAAUCUAAGUAUUGAUGGCUCGAUUUAACUAGAUAUUUAAAAUUUUGAAAGCACAAAAGUAUUUUAUCUUUUUGAAUUAAAGGAGAAAAGCCAUUGGUUGUUUUCAUAGACAAUAUCUUUGAUGACUAACUGUGUCAGCACAGGGGUGCCUGGGAACCAAGGGCACCAUUAAAACUCAGUCAAAGCAGCUUCCUGGGAACCAGUGUUUGUGAGGCCUCUUGUCUAUAAACCUACCCCGGAAGCCUCCGAGAGGUGCGGGCCUCAGGAGAUUGAUGAUCUGCUUUCUCUUUGAGAUCAACUGACGUGGAGAAGUGUGUGCAUGUGCGUGUGUGUGUGUGUGUGUGUGUGUGUGUGUGUGUGUAUUUCCUUUUUCAAAUGAAAGUUUACAACCUCAGCUCAAGUGUAUGAGGCAGACCAUUCUGUUAGUAAACUACCUCCUUCCUGGAAAACUCUCAGCUUCAUGUUUUUUUGAGCAUCCGGUGUUCUUAGCAUCCAAAGGUGACAUACCACUUAAGAUCCAUAUUCACUGGGGAGACUUCUGUUCGGUAUCUAGCUGGUAUCCAUCACAAGUCACUUUGCCAGGACGUUCGCUGGUGGGCAAAAGUAGCCUAAGCGAAGAUAAGGGAGCAGGUUGAAUGAGCUUUUGAGACAUCUGUGGUUAUCUUAGCUUUUCAUCUGCUCUGGCCCUUAUCUACUCAUUUGUAUGCUGGGAAAUGUUUAACAACCAGGCUUUCUGAAAGGGAAAAAACAAUCCUUCAAUUGUAGCAUUUGCUGAUUCCCAUGAUUAAAUUAUUUCCCCUGUGGCUGAUUUUAAGCUACUACCUUAGAGCUGAGAAGGGAUGAACACAGUUGGCUCAAAGCCACACACUGAGCCAGCAAAGCACCGCAUUUAUUCCAUCCUAGGGUGGAUUUUCACAUAAUUUCUAAAAGAAUUUUCUUCCUUGUUCAUAUGCUGAUUUCUUAAAACACAAAAUUAAAAUCACAUGGCUAGCUUCAGUAAUCUUUUUUUUAAUGGUUUGUCAGUGCCUUUGUGAGGUUACAUUCCUCAUGGCAUAUUUUGUGUGUUUUAACAAAGUAGAAACUUCCAUUGAUUUUUAAAAAUACGUACAUGAUGGAAUAAUCCAGAAACCCUCAAAAAAAGUCAAUGUAAGCUAUAUAAGCAGAGAUUUUUUUCUUCUUCAGAUUUUGAUGGGGAAACUAAGCCCAUGAGCCCAUGUGUGUGUGUAUGUACACACACAUAUAUAUACGUGUAUACACACACAUACAUGUAUGCAUGUGUAUAUGUGUAUAUAAUGAAAAAGGGUCCUGGAUUUUUUUUUUUUUUUUAAACUGGAAGAACUCUUCGAUGAUUUGCAUACUGUAUGAGAGAUCAAAACAGGCAUGACUAUUGAAUCCAAUCACCGGGCACAAUUUCUAGUUUUCUCCAUACUGUGCGACUCAGACGUGGAGGGGAAAGUAAAUAAAUAAAGAGGUGUGGGAUUCUGUGGCUGUAACUGCAGGCUAUUGGUAACAUCACUCCAGUCCCAUUCAAACCUGUUGUGUGAGUUGUAGCCUCAUAACUUUGUUUCAUCCUGGUCUCAGAACAGGUGAUAGGAUUCUGAAUUUCUAAAGGCAGUUUUGUAUGUUUCUGGGGAAUUUAAGCGCUAGAAGCACUCAUUGCCAUUUCAGAAAAGCAGUCUGCAGCCUUUUCGAGCACACCUUGAUCAGUAAAAGUUUUAAACACCGUAUUUCCUACUGCGAAAUCCUACGUGUUUAAGUGGAGUUGUAUGCCGCUGUAGGAAAGGCACAUGUACGUUCUGAGAUGUACACGAAAAUAGCAAUUAAGGAUGGUCUAAACAGUAAAUCUUGACUGCAAGUUGUACUGUUUUCUUCCUGCCCCAGUAGAUGGUCUCACGCACCUUCUGGCAGCACGUGCUUUACCUUAAAGACCACGGACUCGGGACACUGUUUCACUGCUUAAUCUUGAAAAUAAAACCUGGAUACUUUUGUUGU